UGCAGUCUGGCCCGCGCGGACGACGGUCAGCACGAGCCGUUUCAGCACCUCGGAGCUGUCCAGCGCGCACGAGCCUGCGAACGCAGACGGUGAGAAGGAGGACACUGCAUCUGAAACAGAGGCGUGGCAGCGAUUAUCUCUAAAGAGGCGGCGGGAAGACGCCACUCAGACGGCGAGAAUCCUGCUUCAAAGCCGACCUUCAAACACCAGAGGAGCCGUUAGCGCCAGUCGGUCCAGUCAGGUGAGGAUGGCCAAAGUGAAGCAGGUGGGGCUGCUGGCGGCCGGCUGUCAGCCCUGGAACAAAGACGUGUGCGCAGCGAGUGGAGACCGCUUUGCCUACUGCGCCACUCUGGCCAUUUACAUCUACCAGCUGGACCAGCAGUACAACCAGUUCAAGCUGAGGUCCAUCAUGUCUGAGCACAAGAAGACCAUCACAGCCAUCAGCUGGUGUCCCGACAACCUGGACUUGUUCGCGUCGGCGUCUGCCGAUAACCUGCUCAUCGUCUGGAAUGUGGCAGAAAAGAAGGCCGUGGCAAGACUGGACAACACUAAAGGCAUUCCCGUGUCUGUCAGUUGGUGCUGGAACUCUACGGAUGGGGUGGCCUUCGUCUCCCAGCGAGGUCCUCUGUACGUCUGGGCCUACAGGGACCCUGACCCGGGGGUCACCGUGCAUAAAGAGGCGCACUCCUUUCUGUCCGACAUCUGUCUGUUCCGGUGGCACCCAACCAAGAAGGGCAAGCUGGUGUUCGGACACACGGACGGAAGUUUGUCGGUUUUCCAGCCAGGCAGCAAAAGCCAGAAGCACGUGCUGCGGCCCGAGUCCUUGGAAGGGACAGACGAGGAGGACCCGGUCAGCGCUCUGGAGUGGGACCUUCUGUCAUCUGACUACUUACUAGUGUCUAAUGUCCAUAACGGCAUCCGUCUGGUGGACAGCGAGGCGCUGACCUGCAUUACGUCCUUCUGCUUUCCCUCGGCUGCAGCCUCGGUUCAGUGUCUGGCCUGGGUUCCUUCGGCGCCCGGCAUGUUUAUCACCGGAGACUCACAGGUCGGCGUGCUGAGAGUUUGGAACGUGUCUCGCUCCACACCGCUAGACAGCUUCAAGCUGAAGAAGACCGGGUUCCACGCCCUGCACGUUCUUCACUCCCCGCUCACCAAAAAAGCUCAGAGCUCCAGUUCUCCCAGUAAGAGCCAGCACACCAGCUCCACCAGCGAGGCCGUGCCCCCCCCAACCCUGUCUCAGAACCGCUCUUUUUCUCUGCCCCCCGGCCACGCCGUCUGCUGUUUCAUGGACGGGGGGGUGGGGCUUUAUGACAUGGGCGCCAAGAAAUGGGACUUCCUACGAGACCUGGGUCAUGUGGAAACCAUAUUCGACUGCAAGUUCAAGCCUGACGACCCCAACCUGCUGGCCACCGCCAGCUUUGAUGGAACCAUCAAAAUCUGGGACACAAACACGCUGACGGCGGUCAACACCUCCCCCGGCAACGAGGGCGUUGUCUACUCGCUGUCCUGGGCUCCAGGAGACCUAAACUGCAUCGCCGGAGCAACGUCUCGGAACGGAGCGUUCAUCUGGGACGUCCGUAAAGGGAAGAUCAUCACGCGCUUCAACGAGCACGGGAAGAACGGGAUCUUCUGCAUCUCCUGGAGCCACAAGGACUCCAAGAGGAUUGCCACCUGCAGUGGAGACGGGUUCUGCAUCAUCCGGACCAUCGAUGGGAAGAUCCUGCACAAGUACAAACACCCGGCUGCCGUGUUCGGCUGCGACUGGAGCCAGAACAACAAGGACAUGAUCGCCACGGGCUGCGAGGAUAAGAACGUGCGAGUGUACUACCUGGCCACCAGCUCAGACCAGCCUCUGAAGGUCUUCACGGGACACUUGGCAAAGGUUUUCCACGUGCGCUGGUCUCCCCUCAGAGAGGGCAUCCUGUGCUCCGGAUCAGACGACGGCACCGUCCGGAUCUGGGAUUACACGCAGGACGCCUGCAUCAACGUGCUGAGCGGUCACACGGCUCCGGUCCGGGGCCUCAUGUGGAACACCGAGGUUCCGUACCUGCUCAUUUCCGGAUCCUGGGAUUACACCAUCAGAGUCUGGGACACCAGAGACGGGACGUGUCUGGAUACGGCGUACGACCACGGAGCGGACGUUUACGGUCUGACGUGCCACCAGAGCCGGCCGUUCACCAUGGCGAGCUGCAGCAGGGACAGCACGGUGCGGCUGUGGUCGCUCACGCCGCUCAUCUCGCCCCUUCUGCUCAACGUUCUCACGGAGCAGCCGUGGGAGAAGGUCAUCGGGAACACAGACAUCGCCAUGGUUCCCGGCGCGCCGCCGCUGCUGUGCGGGAAAGUCUCCAGAGACGUGAAGCAGGAGCUGGACAAGCUGAGCGGGGACGUCAGGGACAAGAAGCUGCGCUGGUUCUCCGAGUGCUUCUCGCCUCCAGGGGGCAGCACCAACCUGUGGGACUUGGUGUUCGUCAACAACGGUCAGGACGACUCGCUGCUGCCGCCCAGCUACAGCAAAGGAGUGAUGCACAUGAAGCACCUGCUGAAGUUUAAGACGUCGGAGGCUCAGGAGCUGACCAUCGUCAAGAUGUCCAAGUUUGGAGGAGGAAUCGGAGCUCCCAGCAAAGAGGAGCGCCUGAAGGAGGCGGCGGACAUCCACCUGAGGCUGGGGCAGAUCCAGAGGUACUGCGAGCUGAUGGUGGAGCUGGGACAGUGGGAGAAGGCGCUAUCUGUGGCGCCUGGCGUCUCCAUGAAGUACUGGAAGAAGCUCAUGCAGAGACGAGCCGACCAGCUGAUGGACGAGGACAACGACGACGCCAUCCCGUUCUGCAUCGCUACCGGAGACGUGCAAAAGUUGGUGACGUUCUUCACGCGCCGAGGACAGCUGCUGGAGGCCCUCCUGAUCGCACAGGGAGCCUGCGAGGGAAACAUCCGGGCGCCGCAAACGUCCGCCGUCAACAACACCAGCAACGACGCGGACAAGAGACAACAGUUCCACAGCCUCCUCCAUGACGUCUGCACGGAGCUGGCGGAGUGGUACUUCCAGGACGGGUGCUCCGUUCUGGCCGCCUGCUGCCACCUGGCCGUGGAUAACGUGAAGUUGGCCAUGUCCAGCCUGAUCCGGGGGAACGAGCUGGAGCUGGCCGCGAGCGUGGGCGUCGCCCUCGGAGAGGCAGCCAAUCAGAGCACAGCUUACUGCCUGGAACUGCUGGCCAGGAAGUACAUGACCCCCCCGACAUGGACGCUGUCCGCUGACCUGCUGCAGAUGAUCCCCGACAACCACGCCCUCCUGGUCAAGCUGUGCGCCUUCAUCCCCGGAAGUCCUGCAGAGAUCCAGCAGCUCCACCAGAAGUGUGGGCUUCCUGCCCCGGAGGAUUGUGGGAGUUUGGCGGAAGACGCUCUGAGGGACGGAGAUUUGUUUUCUGCGCUGGAGCUCCACCUGCUGAGCUCCGAACCCGAGCGUGCUCUGCAGAUCGGGGUCGCUCACGUUAAAGAGCAGCUGGUUGGACCUGAUUGGACGGUGGACGUCGUCCAUCCAAUCCUGGACCUGCUGAGCUACAUCCGGACGGAGCGCCUGAUCAUGACCAAGAUGACCGAAGCUCGCAGUGAGCUGCUGAUCCUGUGUGGUUACAUCGGAGCCCUGCUGGCCAUCAGGAGGAACUACACCAGCAUCGUUCCUGCUCUGUACGAGUACACCAGUCAGCUGAUGAAGAGGAGGGAGGUCAGCGUUCCUCUGAAGAUCGAGCAGCUGUCCGUGGAGCUGGACGCCUGGAGGGCCUGUGCACAGAACAACGGCGUACCUCCGACUGAACAUCAGAGGGAAGAGUUCAGCUGCCUGCAGAGGAGAAUCCAGCCGACAGAACCCGGUGCUGUGGUUCUGAGCGGCGCCGACUACGUGACAGGAUCCAACCUGCCAAGCCACUCGGACCUUCAGCUGUCCUGCUUCACCGGACAGAGGAUCCAGGGUCCCGUCUUCCUGCUGGAGGACAACAAAUCUGCCAUCUCCUUGAACGACGCUCUGAUGUGGGCCAAGGUCAACCCCUUCUCCCCCCUCGGAACCGGACUGCGGAUCAACCCCUUCUGAGGGGGCGGGGGGUGGGGCGCUGUUCUGGUGAAGGUUGCAGGUCUGAACUGUGACUCUGGAUCAGGGUUCUCCUCUCAGGAGGAGGAGGAGGAGUGGAUCUGGAAGGAGUCGGUCAGAUCUUCACCUCCUCUGGUCCGCUCAGAGCAAUGCCACAAACGUCCAGCAGAGGGCGCUGUGGACUGAAGGUUUGGUGUCUGAUGAAGGUUUCGGGUCUCUGAGGAUCCCUCAGCUGUCCAGGACCGGAUCUGGACCAGGCGACCCGUACAGACCAGGAUCAGGUCUGUGGAAAGACCUGACAGACGUUCAGCAGAAACAGACUUCCAGCUGGAAGGAAGAGAGUCCUGUUGUUGGCGGUUCUGCAGACCUUCCUCCUCCUCCUCUUCCUCGGAGCGGUGACCUCCACCAGACCUCGCCUGGUUCCUGGAGAGCGGCGUGUGAAAGGGUCGGAAGAUUUACGAGGAAUGUCAGCGUGGAACAAAGAGGUGUUCCACUGAGCGGUUUAAACAAAUGAGGCUCCGGUUUCCUCCGUCACGACCCGAGGAAACGCUGGAAGAGGAUAUUUGUGCUGCGUUCAGAGCCGGACAGGAAACACGGCCGCUCCACCGCGGCGCACCGCCUCUGCAGGCGCCACACGCCUUCAUUCUGUGUUUAUAACCAUGAACCUGUGACUGCUGCCGCUCUGCUGUGGGGAAUCAAACCCACAUCCAGGCUUCCCUGCGGCUCCGGCAGAGACGCCACCUGCUGGCAGAACUGCAGGACGGCACUGAGGCUCGUCUGAGAACCUGGACUCGAUUCGGUUCCAGGAGAAAGUUCCAGACCUGAAGCAUCUCCUAGACUCACGAGCCAGAACCUCGGGUUCUGUCUGUCGACCCGAUCGUUAAGAGUUUGUGGUAUUUUAUUUUGAAAUCAUGAAAAAGGCUCUUUUGAAUCUGAACUGCUCGACCUGUUCAGUGGAAAUCAAUAAAGUUUUGAAAUGCUGGGGGUGGGGCUUAGAACAGCUGACUUUGAGGCAGAUCAGAACAGAA